AUGUCCAUUAGUCAGGCCGACGUCGUGAUGUCAAACGGUCAGGAUGGUCACGCCCACGCGCCGGCGACGUCCCUGAAGAAGGGCAAGCAGAAGAAGGCCGUUGACUCCAACGAGUCGGCGAAGCUGCUCGCGCAGCGUAUCACACAGCUGGAGCAGGAGUCGGCCGGAGAGAAGGACCAGGAAGCUGAGAUUGAACGCGAGGUCAAGCGUGCGAACCGCGAUUUGGCCCAACAGGUGGCCAAGAUGAGCGACCUGCAAAAGAUUGAACACCUGACCCGACGUUCCAGCGAGCUGCUAGCCGAUAUGCGUCGUGUCGAGCGAGAAAACCAGAAGAACAAAAAACGCGGCGACGCCCUUCAGAAGGAAAAGGAUGCAAACCGAACUGAGCUCAGCAAAACUGUCGGCCUGAAGGAGAAGCUCGAAAAGCUCUGCAGAGAGCUGCAACGGGACAACAACAAGUACAAGAACGAGAACAAAACUCUCCAAGAUAACCUCAAACACAAUAGUUCGGCCUAUGACGAGAAGCAUGCGGCUCUGCUGGCGAAGCUCGAGGGUAUUCAGGAAGAAAAGGAUCAUCCACGGAAGCAAGUUGUUGACAUGAGCGUCGAUACACUAUUCCGUAACCGUUUCAAAUCGUUCAUCGAGCAGUACGAACUACGGGAAUUGCACUUCCACUCUCUGAUGCGCACCAAGGAGCUGGAAGUGCAAUAUAACAUGGCGCGCUACGAACGCGAGAAGAAGCUGGCCGAGGCUGAGGCUACCAGAGCGCGAAAUCUCCAGAAUCAGGUGCAGACUUUUACAAAGACUGAGACUGAGCUUAGGAAUCAACUCAAUGUCUACGUUGAUAAGUUCAAGCAGGUUGAGGACACGCUCAAUAACAGUAAUGAUCUCUUUCUGACGUUUCGGAAGGAAAUGGAGGACAUGUCCAAGAAGACGAAACGUCUGGAAAGGGAAAACGAGACGAUGAAGCGCAAGCACGAGGCCACGAAUGCCAAUAUCAUCCGCAUGGCCGAGGAGCGCGAAGACUGGCGCAAGAAAGCCGCCGAGGCGACGAAGCGAGCCGAGAAGCUGCGUAGCAUCAUCGAGCAGAUGCAGCAGCAGGGCCGCAAGGUCCCGUCUGGAAUGGCGGCGACCCUGGAGAGCUGCUACUCGGACAGCAACGGCCACAUGGACGGCGACGGGAGCGACUACUCGGACGAUGAGGAGGGCGAGGAGGACCCUAGUGAGUUUGACGACGACACUGAGGAGGAGCCGCAGCCUGCAGAGGGAGAGCCACUCCGGCCAUACGGUCCGGAGCGGCCGCCGGUGCCCCAAGCUACAACGAACGGCCACUAG